GCGACACCGAUGCCGUUGGCCACGCUUUCCCGAUAGACUUAACGAUAAUGACGACAUCUGCGACGACAAUAACAUCUCUGCUCAACUCUCUACAUACACACCUGCAGUCCCAGACACAACUUCUCCCGACGCUACACAACCAGCUUGGCUUGCCGCAAACAGCACUCGCCGACGAUCUCUCCGCUUUGCAGAGGCAGCUCGCGGAAUGUGUGGAGAGUCAGAUAGACCUGCGUCGGAUGCAGGUUGACGAAUGGAUGGGGCGUUGCGACGCGGUCGAGCGAGAAUGUGUGCGAUACACCAAGGCGUUGGGCGGACAUGUGAAGGCCACAGGGAGCAGCGUCGGUGAGGUCAGGAAGGAGCAGGUCUUGCCGAGGCGGUUUGAUAUGAUAUCAGAGUAUCAGGAGAAGCUACGCCAGCUGUAUCACACGAAACUCGAGCAGCUCGCAACUUUCACCAGCCGUAUCGACACCCUUUCACGAACGUUGGGACCCGAAUAUUUUCCUUCUGAUAUCUUGGAACCUAUACGCGCCACAGGUGAGAGCGAAGGUGACCCGGACGCUCGCCGAGAUGUCACUCCCGAGCGGUUCUCCAAGCUGGAGAAGGAGCUCGUCCGAGGGAAGGGUGAAGUUGGUAAACGGAUGCACCACCUAUCCCUCACACUCUCCCAAAUCGACUAUCUAUAUACGGAGCUGGGAAUCACGCCGCAGUCUCCCGCCGACUCCGGCUCUUCCUCUUCUUCACGCCCACAAUCCGCAUGCAGCCUCCAGGCUUCCGGUACUUGCCCCUCCUCUGAUCCUUUCCUCUCUUCCUCAGAUCUUCUUGCGACACCCACACCAACCAGCUCGCGCUCCAAGGCCAACACACCCUAUCUACUGAACAUACCCUCCGACGACGCGCCACACACGCCGAACAACGAGGCUGAGUAUCACAGUAUAUUCAACCGCUUCGUCACUCGCCUGGACGAGCUGGGCGAGGAAGCGGUUACAGACCCCAACAAGCCGAGCGUCGGCCUCGAGGGCGUGGACCCGAUACCCGACCUCGUACGAUGGGCGGAGACGACACAAGCGAACCUUGAAGACAUCAAGCGCAGGCGCGAGGCGCAUAUCCAAGCCAUGUACGAUCAGCUCGAAAGCUUGUGGCGCAGGCUUGGAGUCGCUGAUACUGAGAUGGACGCGUUCAUCGAGGCCCAGCGUGGCAGCACAGAAGUGACUGUGCGAGCAUAUGAGGAAGAGCUAGAUCGCAUGUUAGAGCUCAAGAGAGAGAAAAUGAGUACAUUCAUAGAGAGCGCGAGGUCAGAGAUUACGCAGCUUUGGGACGAGCUAAUGGUUAGCGAGGACGAGCGAGCGGAUUUUGCGCCAUUUGCAGAUGAUGAACACACCGAAGAACUUUUGGCGAUACAUGAGGAGGAGAUUCGUAGGCUGAAGGAAGAGAGAAAGCUGAAGGGUCCACUUCUUAAGAGUAUUCAGAAGUACUUCGACAUCUGCGAAGAUGAGAAAGAUCUAGCUGCUGCUGCUGCUGACCAAACCCGCCUGCUGGGCAGAGGUCCUCGCGAUCCGGGGAGACUCCUCCGAGAAGAGAAGAUGCGGAAGCGCGUUACGAAGGAGAAGCCCAGGCUCAAGCAAGACCUGCUCAAUUCAAUACCAGCUUGGGAGGCGCAGACAGGAAGGACAUUCUUGGUCCGCGGCCAGAGCGUCAUGCAAAUUCUUCAGGAAGCGUCCCAAACCCAAGAGAAAGAGAACAGUACGAAACGCGGCAAGACGCGAACGGCCUCAGGAUCUGCACCGCGAGCCAAAACGCCAUCGUAUGCCCCAUCAUCAUCUGUCUCAUCGUCCAGCAAACCCGCCGUCACGCCUGCCGUCCCAGCACGGCCACCCUCCACUACGGGUCGCAAUACCCGUUCCGCAUCGGCAGCAGCAGCCCGACAACCAAGGUCAAGGGAAGCGCCGUCAGCGGCCGCGAACAAUUACAACACAGUUCCUCCACUACCUGUGCCAAUAGUUCCCAUGAACACCAGUCGGAAUACUCGCGCUCCAUCACCGUUCGCCCUCCGCGCGCCGACCAUUACAAACGGCAAGACCCCCGCAUCAGUGCCUCGGCCGCAGGGCAUUGCUGCGUCGAAGCGCGAGACACCUAUGACUGGCCGCGUCGGCUCUGCGCAGAAGCCACGCACACGAAAUUACCAUCCAUACGCGCGGCCUACCAGAUCUGCAACGAAGUCACAUGCACCGCCGCCCGCGGUGCGCGUGUAUGGCGCAGUAGGAUUGAACAGCAGCGCAGCAGCUCCCCCCGCGGCAGGUACGGCGCGCAAGGCGUCGGCACGGCGGGAGAGCUUCAGGCCUCGACCGAGCAUGGAUCACGAUAACUGGGCUGGUGAGAGUACCUCAGACAAGCGGUUCACGGGGUUCGCUGGCGGCAUGGUGCAGGAGGAAGAUGAGGACUUCUGAUUUCCUAUCGUUCGAGCUUAUAUGUCUUACUAUUAUUUCGUUUGUAUCGGUAGUCCGCUGUGUUUUUGAAUGCAUAUUUCCAGGGCUGGUUCAAGGUAACCAGAUUGGACGUGUGGCUAGAGCGAC